GUACUUCCUGGAUUCCUGAAUAAGUAACAUUGUAACAUCACAGCUGAUACCUUCACUGUCCAUGAUUUUCCUUUUUAGACAUCAUCAUCAUCAUCAUCACCAUCGCCAAAAACAGGAUCGAUGGCUUUCAGAAAGGCAGUGAAGGGAACCCUAAUAGGGGGCGGAGCUGUAGCAACAGCCUUCGGCCUAUCACAGUUCUUUGAAUACAAGAAGAAUCAGCCUAAAUGGGCUCAGCUGGCAUAUGUUGAAGCACAGGGUGAGUUAAAGGUGCCAUUUAAGGAUGCUCUUCCAACAAGAGAGGAGCAGCUUUCAACACUGCGGAAAACAGAAGAGUUUGAUGUCUUGGUGGUGGGCGGCGGAGCCACGGGCUCAGGAUGUGCCUUAGAUGCUGUCACACGGAAUCUGAAGACCGCUCUGGUAGAACGGAGCGAUUUUUCAUCGGGCACCAGCAGCAGAAGCACCAAGCUCAUUCACGGCGGAGUCCGCUAUCUCCAGAAAGCCAUCAUGAAACUAGAUUAUGAGCAGUACAUGAUGGUGAAAGAGGCUCUUCAUGAACGUGCCAACCUACUGAACAUCGCUCCCCACCUGUCUGCACCUUUACCUAUAAUGCUUCCUGUUUACAAGUGGUGGCAGCUGCCGUAUUACUGGGCCGGCAUUAAAAUGUACGACCUGGUCGCCGGAUCACAGUGUCUGAAGAGCAGCUACGUCCUGAGUAAGAGCAAAGCGCUGGAGCUCUUCCCUAUGCUGAAGAAAGACAAACUCGUGGGAGCCAUUGUCUACUACGAUGGACAGCACAAUGACUCCCGUAUGAACCUGGCCAUUGCUCUUACAGCGGCCCGUCAUGGUGCUGCUAUUGCUAACUACACAGAGGUGGUUCAUCUGCUAAAGAAACCAGACCCAAAAACAGGCCAAGAGAAAGUUUGUGGAGCCCACUGCCGAGACAUAAUCACAGGGCAGGAGUUUGACAUUCGUGCCAAAUGUGUCAUUAACGCCACCGGCCCCUUCACUGACUCCCUGCGCAAAAUGGACAACCAGAAAACUGCCGACAUCUGCCAGCCUAGUGCAGGAGUGCACAUUGUCAUCCCUGGAUAUUAUAGCCCGGACAACAUGGGGCUGUUAGACCCCGCCACCAGUGAUGGCCGUGUCAUAUUCUUCCUGCCCUGGGAGAAGAUGACUAUCGCCGGCACGACAGACACGCCCACUGAAGUCACAGCCCAUCCCAUCCCAGUGGAGGAUGACAUCAACUUCAUCCUGAGUGAAGUACGCAAUUACCUCAGCCCUGACGUAGAAGUGCGGCGGGGGGAUGUCCUGGCGGCCUGGAGUGGCAUUCGUCCGCUAGUCACCGACCCCAACUCCAAAGACACGCAGUCCAUCUGUCGUAACCACAUCGUCAACAUCAGCGACAGCGGACUCAUCACCAUUGCUGGUGGAAAGUGGACAACCUAUCGUUCUAUGGCUGAGGAGACUCUUGAUGCAGCUAUAAAGGCUCAUAACCUCUCAGGUGGUCCCAGCAGGACGGUCGGUCUGAUGCUGGAUGGUGGGAAGGACUGGACCCCCACCCUGUACAUUCGCUUGGUUCAAGACUACGGCUUGGAAAACGAGGUUGCUCAGCACUUGGCAGCCACCUAUGGAGGAAGAGCAUUUGAAGUUGCCAAAAUGGCCCAGGUGACAGGCAAGAGAUGGCCUAUAGUGGGGAAACGCCUUGUGUCUGAAUUUCCCUACAUAGAGAGUGAGGUGCAGUAUGCUGUAAAGGAGUAUGCAUGUACAGCCAUCGAUGUGAUUGCUCGCCGAACUCGACUGGGCUUUCUGAACGUGCAGGCUGCGGAUGAGGCUCUGCCACUUAUUGUUGAGAUCAUGGGCAAAGAACUGCAGUGGACUGAGCAAAAAAAGAAAGAAGAGCUGGAGGCAGCAAAGAAUUUUCUGCACCUGGAGAUGGGUUAUAAAGCUUGCUCUGAGCAGCUCAGCAAGACCACAGAGAUCUCACUCACUGCCUCAGAGAUAGCAAGGUAUAAGAAACGCUUUUACAAGUUUGAUAAGGAGAGUAAAGGCUUUAUCACAACAGUGGAUGUCCAGCAAGUGCUAGAGAAACUCAGCAUUCAUAUUGAUGAGAAUGCCCUUCAUGAGAUCCUCAACGAGGUGGACCUCAACAAAAACGGGCAGGUAGAACUGGAUGAGUUCUUGCAGCUCAUGUGUGCGGUCCAGAGAGGCCAAAUCUCUGACAGUCGUCUGGCUAUCCUGAUGAAGACGGUCGAGGAGGGCUUGGAUCUGAGAGGACCUGUCUCGGUUGACCGCAGUGGAGGCGGUGUUUGAGUCCCAACGAACCAAAACAUCCACCAGACAACAGCUCCCACCACAAAGUUGGAUAAACACCAAAAUCGCUGACUGCUGUGCCCACUCUGGUCAGAUCACAAGCACAUCCUCUCAUGUCAUUAACUCACCCAGCCAGCUGGCUGCCAUUGACUUCAAUCUUGACUGCAAUUUUGUUUUAGCAUGCUUAUUUAAAUUGAUUUUAAUAAAAAAGAUUUUAUUAUAAUAUUAAAUUAUUAGAGCAGAAUAUAUUCUUAAAAAAAUAUUUCAAAGCGUAUUCAAGAGUCUAUAUUUUUAUCUAAUGCAUGCAGUGCCAUGUUGUGUGACCUGGUAAGCAUGAAAAGAUUGUCUCUUUAAUGUUUCUCUGAGCAGCUUUAUCCGGUGUGCUUUCUGUUGUGCCAU